GUCUUUUGCAAACAAAUCACCCGGGCCGUAUUUUAUUAGGGCUUUGUUCUUGUCUAUAUAUUCAUCAAACACCGGUCAUCCUAUCUCUCUUAUCUGAGGAAGUGUAAAAAUUUUAACAACGCAGUGAAGUGGUCUAAUGUGGGCAGAUCAAGAGUGUUAGAGGUAUACGGUACACUGCACUUUCAUUGUAAAAGCCGGAUCGUGUUUCGCAACAACAAAACUACACCAAGUUGUCACAAGCAUAUCAACGUAAUACGGAGAGGUAUUCAAAGAUUUCGUUGAGGUUCAAGGUCUCCUCUAAGGAUUACUCUCAGACACGAAACAUUUUGCCCAUGAUUUGAGGCAUUCGUAGAAGUCACGGGUAUUUGUUUAAGAUGAGUGUGAGUUCUUCAAGGUACCCGCUCAUUCGAAUCAGCAAGACAGGCGAAAUGAGGUUAAAGAACAAGGUUGGAAAUGCAAUACUCAAGGAGAAUGCCUACGAAGACCGAGCGCUCAACACUCGUUUAGACACCUUAUCUAAACAUCAAUUCAGGCAAGAUAAGUACAUGACUUACAGGCAGUUAGAAUUUGCCACGAAGCAAGUUUCGGCAUCGGAAGAAAGACCACGAACACUGCCUAAUGGACAGGAAAACAAACAAGCUAGCGAACAACUGCCGCCGAUAGAUACAAGACGAAGGUCGAACAUUGUGGCUUCGAACUUGGAAACAAAUCGCUCAAACAAUGGUGGAGAGGUCGCAGGGAAUACUAAAGCGAAAGGGCGCUGGGAAAAGGCGAUAACGCUUGUAAGAUUAGCAGUACAGAAAAGAGAGACAAAUGAAGGUAGCACUAAGCCGGUGGCCGGCCAUAGAAGGAAAAUUUCCGGAACUCAAGCGCCAGAGUCACUGGUUUUAGAUCCUAAUCAGUUACCACCUAUACAUGCUAACGAAGGAAUACUUCGAGAGCCCGUUGGUUCAUCUAAGAGAAAAGCUCUACGAAAACAACCGAGUUUACCAGAAAUGCUAAAACUUUCCCGAGAAAAAACGCAAAAGUGUCUGGAGGAUCCAAGGUUUAUGAAGCUCGAGCAGUGUCUAAGCGAGACGAAAAAUCCUCGAGAAACCCGACAACAACGAAGAAAUUUGAGAAGACGAUCUUCUCCAGAUAGAAUUCGCGGCUAUACGCACUGAAAAAAGCUGCCGUGAGAAAGAUUUUUCAUGUAUGCACGAAAACAUUGCUUAAAGUCAUAAAUUAUUUACAAAGGUAUACAUCUGCAUGCAGUGGAAAAACAGCUUAAAUCUUUCGUAAAACAGAAGGUUUAAGAUUUCCACUAAGAUAGUUUAUAUAAGAAAACGUGAGUAAAAUUCUUGCAGUGAAAUAUACAGUCUAGAUAGCUUUUUGUUCUCAUAAUUUAUUUUGUCAUGACCACCGUCGCGAGCUAUUCGUUUACUCAUAACUUAAGUUCAAAAGAUAUUCAUAAACAAGCCAUUUAUUGUAAAUAAAAAUUCUCCAACAAAAAUAGAAUAAAUUUUGAGCCAUAUUGCAAUCAGGAA